CAGGAGUCAGGAGCGGUGCGGUGUUCAGUCGGCGCCGCGCCACGGCGCGACAUGCCCAGCUGAUGUUUAUUUAUACCGCGAGCUCGGCGGAGGGCGCGCGCGGGAGGCCCUCCCCUCGCCACCACGGCUCCGCGUGAUGCAGCCGAGCGAGGCAGCUGAUACCGCGCACGCCGCUAGCGGAAACCCCCCGCAGCGUGGCCUCAACGGUGGCCGCUUCGACUUCGACGAUGGCGGCACCUACUGUGGUGGCUGGGAGGACGGCAAGGCGCACGGCCACGGCGUGUGCACCGGCCCGAAGGGACAAGGGGCCUACGCGGGCUCGUGGCACUUCGGCUUCGAAGUAUCCGGCGUCUACACCUGGCCCAGUGGCAGCUCAUUCGAGGGCCAAUGGCAGAACGGCAAACGGCAUGGGCUGGGCGUUGAAACUCGUGACCGUUGGCUGUACCGCGGAGAAUGGACGCAGGGCUACAAGGGGCGCUAUGGAGUCCGACAAAGCACUACAAGCAACGCGAAAUAUGAGGGUACCUGGGCUAAUGGGUUACAAGAUGGAUACGGCUCCGAGACCUACGCUGACGGUGGAACUUACCAAGGACAAUGGAUGCGGGGCCUACGUCACGGGUACGGAGUCCGUACAUCUGCCCCGUUCGGCCUCGCGUCGCACUACCGCGGGGGCGCGCGCGAACACCGGGGUUCCAUGUCAUCCCUGGCGGACGCGACCGGAGUCCCCGACCCCUCCGACAGAAGGACGAACCGUAUGGACGAAGCGCGAGGCGGAUUUGUGCUUCGGACUAACUCUGACGAACCUUCCAGAAGGCGAGGCUCGUUGGGUGAAAAAACAAAAAAGGGAUUAUUCAAUAGAUUUAGACGAGAACGCAGUGCAGGGGAUCUGGACCCCCGCGGUACUGCGUCUGUCCGGUCUGGAGGCUCUGGGGGAUCUGCAGCGUCAUGGGUCUCCUCAGUGGAAAGCACGCACUCCGCAAAGACGCGGGUCUCCGUGCAGACUAACUCCAACAACAGCUUUAUUGUCGAGGAUGAGCACAUAGACGCUGGUGCGACUGAGACGUAUAUGGGAGAAUGGAAGAAUGAUAAACGUACUGGAUUUGGUAUCAGUGAACGGAGCGAUGGCCUGCGGUAUGAGGGGGAGUGGUUCUCGAACAGGAAGUAUGGUUAUGGAGUAACUACAUUCAGAGACGGAACUAAAGAAGAAGGAAAAUAUAAAAACAAUGUUCUCAUUACAAGCCAAAAACGAAAACACAUGUUUCUCAUGCGUUCAGCGAAAUUUCGAGAAAGAGUAGAUUCAGCUGUAAAUGCAGCACAGCGGGCAUCUAAGAUUGCACUGCAAAAAGCAGAUAUUGCUAUUUCCAGGACAGCUACUGCCCGAGGAAAAGCUGAUCAAGCGGAUGAAGUCGCAGACCAAGCAAAAGAAGACUGUGAUAUAGCGCAAGCUACUGCUAAGCAGUUUGCUCCAGAUUUCAAGCAUCCUGGAUUUGACCGAAUAGGUUUAAGAGACAGAUAUAGGCAGAAAGUUUAUGAUACACAAUUUACGACACCCCCAGUACAAGAAUCUGAACAGAUCUUGGACGGAAAGAGCAUUCCAAAUCACAUCCCUCCGACACAUACACAGCUUCCUCAGGCGAAUAAAAUUCCAAACGCAACAUCCUCAAGGCGUCCAUCAGCACAGUAUAAUAAACCAAGCCAACCUGUCGACCCGAGACUAGCGAACAAUUCUAAUUACAGUCCUGAUAACAGAAAUAUUGGUCAAUCAGAUAUGUACUACAAUAACUCUUCACAAGACACGUCAUGGUCUACGACGGGAAAUUUACAAAAUCAAGUUAUAGAUAACCGGAAGCAAUACCCCAUGGGUGAUCCGGUUGGAUAUGGACCCACCACUAGUUCACAGGCCCAAACAAACUAUCGAUUACCACAACAUCAAAAUGUUGAUCAAAGUAAUCAGCAAUACAAUAACCAAGAUCGAAGAUUUUCAAGACAGUCAGUAAACCAGAGGCUUCCAACUCAAGACUGGAAUACUGGGCCUGGUUUAAUCCGUCGUCAAAGUGUUUUGGGUCAACCAAGACAAGAUGCACAAGGGAAUACAUAUAUAGAUGGUGGCACAGCAGCGUAUGGUAGAAAUGAGUUGCGAACAGGUACCGUUCACUCAGAAGGGCCAUUAGAUAGGCAACCACUUAACCCAGACCAACAGAUGAAUAGACAGCCAACAGAUCAAAAUAUGUAUCGACAACCUCAAGAAACAUUCGGUUAUAGACAGGGCCCAGAACAUCAAACAAUAGAUCAUCAAAGCUAUAGACAACCUCCAGACCAACAGCUUUAUCGCCAGACUGCAAUAGACCAACCAAAUUAUAGACCAACAUCAAAUGAACAAGAUGUCAACGGAGAAAGGGACCAUAGACAAGCCGGUAGCCGACCAUCUAUUGAUUAUUUCGAUCACUAUAAACGACCUCCGAGUCGAGAUUCAAGUGUAGAUAGAUAUGGGAGGCGAUCAAGGCAGCCGUCAGUAGAAGCCACUGCUCCCAGCGGUGGAUCACGAUCAGGGUCGAUAGCGGCCCCACCUUUAUCAUCGUCACGCCCUCCGUCCAGAGCAGCCACUCCUGCCGGAAAUGGACACUUAGCUUCUGGUCGAGCUUCCAUGUCGCGUGCAUCGUCUCGAGAGCAACAGCCAUUUGAGGAUACAUUGUUGCGCAAGCGGACCCUCGGACAAGAAAUUACUCCGUCUCCGUACCAACCCAAACGGACAGAGAGUUUAUAUGUAACUCAAAACCCUGCACCCCCAUCCGCAGCACCUAUGGGAGGUGGAGGAGGUAGAAAGAUGCUGAGCACCCCACAAACAUUGCAGCGUAAGAAAUCUCUGCCAGACGUUGCAGGCAUGCCCCGAGGAGACGGAGGUGUGAUGUCUCGGGAAGAAGUGUCGGCACUUGGCUCCGCUCGACGAGAAGAGGUUCGGCGGAUGUAUGAGGAAUCAGAGAAACUGAGGGCUAACCCCUUGUUGUAUUUAGUCAGUCCACAAGUCAAGGACUGGUUCUCCCGGCAACAACUGGUUAUCUUAGUCCUGUUCAUCAACAUCUCACUAGGAAUAAUGUUUUUUAAGCUGCUAACGUAGCGUCGGCACUAGGCGCAACAGCGCCCCCGUCUUGAUAAAAAUGUUACCAAAACUCUUGUAUUCAAUGGAAAUGUAAUUAAAUGCGAAGUUUUUAUUUGCGUGUAAAAUAUUUCGUACUUUAAUGUUACAAUAUUUUUUAUAAAUAUGGACCAUCCGUUUUAUAGUAUAAAAUUGUUGAAAUUGUGUAAGUGUGAGAUUUAAGACACCAAGUAACAAAAUUCCCUCUCUGGUCUGUAUUUUUCCAGACAUAAAGUGUUUAUAUAUCUGUCCAUUAAGCUAUACUUUAUAAUGUGAGGAUUAUAAAUUACCGAAGUAAGUUUGCCGAGCCGAAAUUUAAUGCGUGGUGAUUGUUUAAAUAAAUCGGCAGUCAAAAUCGGUUAACAAUCGAAUUAACUGUCGCUUUUAAAAUGUAAUUAACGCACAUUAUUUGUACCAACGGUAGAAAUAUUUUCGUCAUAUAUUUGUACAUAAUAUACCACUUAUAUAUUAUAUAUAUAUAUAUAUAUAUAUCGAUUUAAAAUAUUAGAAUUCGCAUGUUAGUAUUAUAUUUAUUUAUUAUGCUGUAUUUAUUGUUUUAAAUGUUUACAUUGUUGACACGUAUAUGUAAAACACUUUUCUUCAGGUCAAUGGAGGCCUUAAAUAAAUUUUAGCCCUUGUGAAUGUAUAUAAAUAAGAAUGUUAUGUUUAUGAUGAUUAAAACGGAAGAGGCUAACUUUAUAUUACAUUACAUGUAUAUAUAUACACAAGUGUACAAACUUGAGAUAGUAUAACCCAAAGAUUUUUAAAUUUUAAGAACUAUGCACAACUUUUUAUACCAAAUCUCGUAGCUUUUAUCGUAAACAAUGUCAAUUUGUCAUUACUGAACGUUAUAUUACUUUCAUUGUAUUAUGAAUAUUUCUAAAUGUUUAAUUUCGAUGGUGUGCGAAUGAGAUGUUGUUACAGCGCUGUUGUAUGGUACCUACGCGUACAACGAAAGGUAUGAGAAACGUGCAAGUCAUGUUGCUGAUCUAUUGUAAGACAAUUUUGGCAGUUUCAUUAAUUACUAUGUAAAGUGUAAGUUACAUAUUAUAAGUGUUUUAAUUACUUGUAUCAAUUUUAUCUACGUUUCACAAAUAAAAUACUUUUAACAAA